GACUUCAGCUUGGCCCGGGGCUCGGACGAGUACCUUCGCGCUGGUGGUGUAGACAACCGGGCGGCCCCUCCGACGGGUCGGGGGUCGAGAUCGAGCCCACCCCCGCCAGUCCUGGCUCCCGGUCGGGUUCUCGGGCCACUUCUGAGUCCCCUCUCCCGUUUCCCCGCCCCUGACUUGGAAUCCGCGUCUCCUCGGCGCUCACGGCGCCCUUCGCUCAUCCGCCCUAAUCGCAGGACUGAAUCUUGAGUAGGAUUUAUCGCAAAGGUAUUCAAAGCUUGCGACGAGGACCACAAAGGCUACCUGAGCAGAGAGGACUUUAAAGUUGCCGUCGUGAUGCUGUUUGGGUACAAGCCCUCCAAGAUAGAAGCGGAUUCUGUGAUGUCUUCCAUAAGCCCAGGCACUUCUGGUGUAUUACUUGAGGAGUUUGUAAAGAUCAUAAGGAAGAAGAAGGAGGCCCAACUAUAUCAGAAUGAAAGAAGACACAUCUUCACGGCUUUUGACAUUCGCUAUCGUGGAUUUUUAACUUUGGAAGAUUUCCAAAAAGCCUUUAGGCAGGUGGCUCCCAGAUUGCCAGAGAGGACUGUUCUUGAGGUCUUCAGUGUACACACCUCUCUCACCCAGCUUACCAGGUGGAAGGAAGCCUCUAGCCCUCUGUCCAGCAGUCCCAAGGACCUGGUAAGCACCUGUAGCCAUGGGCUCCUCCUGCCUUCGCACUUCCACGCCAGGCAGCCAUUAUGCCUCUUCCAAAAACUGCUUAUGUCAUUUGUUUGUUCCCAGACGUGUCCUUGCCAGUUGAACUUGUGAUUGUAAUUAUGUAAUUUAAUUAAAUAUUAGGCAAACAGAUGGAAUGUAAGUACAAAAAGACAGCUGCUUUUUCUAUAAAAAUCAACUUUGAGGGCUUCAGAAAGGCUUGAUCAAGCUGAGGCACUGAGAUGCCCAGAGUGGUUGAAUCCAUAGAGGCAGAAAGGAGAAUGGGGCUGCAGGGGCUGGAGGUGGGGAGAAUGGGAGCUGUUGUCUGGAGGGCACAGAGUUUCAGUUUCACAAGAUGAAAAGAGUACCAGGGAUGGAUGAUGGUGAUGACUGCACGGUAGCAGUGGGCUUAGUGCUAGCAGACUGUCCACUUAAAAAUGCUCACAGUGAUAGACUUUAUGUUAUAUAUAUUCUAUCGCAGUUUUUAAAGUUUUAAAAAAUCUAUCACAUUAGCUGUAAGUUAACCAUAGAAAUUGUGGAUUGGGAGAUUUUUUUUUUAAUCAUAUCUAGGUUGUUUUCCAGUAGUCUUUAAAUUUACAUGCUUUCAGGAAAGCAAACUAGGAAGCCACAGGCAAUUUAGGUGUAAUUUACACGAGAUACAGAUAAUCAAUGGGCCAGUUUUUAAAAUUAACUGCUCAGCAUCGAUGAGAGUAUCAUGGAAUAAACACAUGUUUAUAUUUUAAGUUUAAAAAUGAACCUUUAACUGAUGUGUAUCAGACUGGACUCUCAGGAAACAGACUCGGAGAUGGAGAUUGAAGUCAUUUGUACUUGUCCUGCACUGACGAGACACAGGCUGGGGGCUCUCCCCAGAGGAGGGGGCAUCGCCCUGGGCAGGAACAAGGCAAUUUCCUGGUGGGGGGUUUCGUUGCAGGAGUUUUCAGCUGUGAGCUGCUGGCAGAUGACACUUCCAGCAGCUGAGGGUCAUCCACACAAUGUGCAGCCAGUUCUGUGUGUGUGUUUCCUGCUUUGUAGCAGACUUUUUGAAAUUCACUGAUUGACUCUGCUGCAGAGCAGAGCCUCUUCAUGGUUUAUGCAUCAUCUUCUGAAGGUCUCACUGUGCUUCAUCUUCUUUACCUGUGGCAGUUGUCCAUCUGUGAUAUGGCCAGUCUGUGUUCUCACCAGUUCUGCAACUUAAUCCCAACUCAUACACGUGUGGUGUGUUGGAAGCUUGACUGACGUUAGAGCCUCUGUCCACUUUUGCAGACUUUUCAGUACAUACUUUUGAGAGUCCGGGAACAAAUCUCAGCUUUUGCUUCUUAAAUUUCCUGAUGUAGUUUUGGAUUUGAUGAUGCGCUUUGGCGGAUUCUCCACGUUCGUGCUACAGGUGCUCUUCUCGUGUCCUGGGAUGUGACGGUCUCCCGCUCCCUGGCGUUCAGUUACUCUUGCACCUGCCAUGAGUGCCUUCCUUUGGUUAAGCCUCUUCCUGUAGCCCUGCAUCUCUUUAUCUGAUUCCCAGGCUUUCACUUGAGUGAUGGCCAAUCUCCAGGAUGCCCUGAUUUCACUUUUAGAUUAAUCUUCCCAACCUUAAAACAGGUACCUGAUUAUGUAGUUGUUUCUGUUUAUUAUUAAAUGUGAAUUUGUUUUCAUUUCCAUGAGCUUGUUUUGCUCCAAAUUAUAAAUGCUAAAAGGGGAGUCUGAAUUCCUUUGCAAGUGUAACCAUAACUAGAGCACAAAGACACUCUGAUUACUCUACAGUGUCUGUUUUCUUUUAGCACGUUAGCCUGCGCUGACCUUUUAGUGGGAAUACUAUUCAGUCUCAUUUAUACUUAGACUUUCAUUUAGCCAAGUCUUGUUGUUUCCUUGGUUGCAAAUUUUCUCUCUUUAUGCAAACUGGGAACUGAAGCCUUUCAUUUGACUUGUGAUCUUGUACAUUCUGGAAGCUCAUACAUGUAAUCGUGGAACAAAUAAAGCAGCUGGAAGAAAUCUUUCCUGAACAAAACCCAAGUGGGACAUUUGGGUGCCAGCCAGCAUUUCAGCAGCUACAGAGGGAGAUGUAAAAAGCCUGCCUAUAUUACAACACCAACAAAUCACUUCUGCCCCAAUAAGAAUGUCCUUUGGUAAUGACCAGAUAGAGGGUAGGGACCUUUACACAUUUAAUUGUCUGACCACAGAAUAAAGUGUUUGCAGUAACCUUCCAAGGUCUCUGCACCAAGUUAAUUCCUGUAGUAGGACUAGGGGUAUUGUGUUCAGUGGACCAAGCCUAGACUAAAUUCUGAGUUUGAUGAACUCAGACCUCCCAUUCAAUUACUGUGAGGUCCUAGGCAAGAGGUAGAGUGUUAAACUUCCAUCCAAAAUUAGGAGUUAUUCAGAUUAAGCUUAAAGAGGCUGAAGAAGCUACUAAACAGCUACCUAAUAAUAAAUUGGGUGGGUAUUUGGCCUAGAAAUUAGGAGACCAGUUAGAAUGCUCACAUACCAUAUCAAAGUGCCUGGGGUAAGGUCCGAGCUCUGUUCUAGGUUCCAGCAUCCUGCUAGUGCAAACCCUGGAGGGCAGCAAGUGAUAGCUGAGUUUUCGGGUCCCUGCUGCCCACAUGGGAGACCUGGAUUGGGUUCCUGUCUCCUGCCUGGCCCAGCCUCAGCUGUUGUAUGCCUUUGGGGAGGUACUGGCGGCUGGGAGCUCUCUCUCUGUUUUCCUGUCUCCUGCCACCACCAUCUGUCUGCCUAUCAGAUAAGUAAAUAUUGAAAUGAAGAUUGUUUUAAAAUGAAGCUCUAUAGAAUGUGGUAACUUCCUUCGUCUUUUAAGAGAACAAAGUUAAAUAUCCUGUGAUGAAAUAAUUAGGUACAGUUUCACUGGACAUUUUGGUGAGAGUGAUAUGAGACGUAUGUGUACACAUUUAUAUAUUUACAUGUACAAAAGCUUGGAAUGGAGGUAGGUCUUUAAAAAUGUAAAAGUGUGCCGAAUUUGAUUUAUCAGUUAAUUCAGGCAGCAUUAAUAGUUGUGUAGAGCAGUUCAGUUCUUCUCAAACUUCAGGCGCACAGGAAUCACUUGUAUGGGUUUUAAAAUGUCCUUCCUGGGUCCCAUCCUCAGAGUUCCUGAUUCAAUAGAUGUUAUGGGGUGUGUGUGUGUGUGUGUGUGUGUGAAAUUUUGCAUCUAACAAACUCUCAAGUAAUGAUACUAUUGAUGUGCAGACCAUACUUUGAGCAGUCCAGUCUAGAGAUUCAAAAUGCAAAGGCAAAGAAUGUGUGUGUGUGUGUAUGUGUGUUUCAAAGAUAUUUCAGAGAACACAGCAAGUGCAAAGGCAUAAAGAACUGAAACUACAUGGCACAUGCAGGGGCAUGGAUUUUGGUUUACUCAAGCAAAGAGCGUGCAACUGGCCAGAGAAGGGGCAGAGGUGAUUUCACUGGGGUGAGGAGUAGGUGAACCUGUGGCAGGGGGAGGUGCCAAGAAGUAGGCAGAACUUUGAUCAUAAUGAGGGGCUUGUGUACUCUCAGGAAUUUGUUUUCCUAAGCCGGAAACCAAGAGAAUAGAAAAAUGAAAAAUCCAAGAUUCAGAAGAGAUUUCAAGGUAGAGUUAAUGAUCACAUAGAAUUUGGUCAAUUAUAAUCUAAUCAACACAAAAUCUUGCUGAGUUACACUUUACCUGAAAGUUAAGACUUGGGGUGUCUGAUUUCUUCAGUCCUGGUAAUUUUGGGGCAUUAUAUGAUGAUUUCCAUGUUCUUAAAUAUGUGUUUUCCAUAGUUUUCUAUCUGAUGGAUAGUCAGCCAGUCAGCCUUGUCUAAAACUGUGAUGAUGAACGAUUGGAAUGCCAAGAUAUUAACCAUAGAAAUAUCUUAACUCAAAACUGGUUUCUCAUGACAUAAAGCAAUACUUACUUAUUACAGAGGCUAUAGAUGCACAGAAAAACUCACAUAACCCCACCCUCAUUAUAAAGUCGUUGCCAGAAUCCCAAGUCCAACUUCUUAGAUUCUUUUCUGUGUAAAAAGUACAUUCUUCCCUACCAAAAUAGCAUCACACCAUGUAGGUUCUGAAAACUAGCCUAGUUUAUCUCAGUAAUGUGCCAGUUGUUGGACAUUUGCAUUAUCCCGACUUAAUUCCUGUUGUUUCACAUUAUUAUUCAUCUGUUCCGAGUCAUCCCAGAUGUCUGAGGCCUACAUGGAGGAGCAGGAAUCAGCCAGGGAAGAUGAGGGAGGAGGCCCUGGCACUCAUGAGGAACAGAUACACAAGGCUGGGCCAUGGCAGGUGAAGGGAGGUGGGAGCGGAGGCUGCUGAGAUGAACACUUGCCUGUAGUUGGACUUCCUGAAGAAUAACUAGUCCAAAUUAAGUCAGCUGGGGAAAAGUAAAUUAGAGGGAAAAGGCAAAUAAAAGGAGAGGGUCUCAGCAGUCUGUUACUGGGUAGUAUUCCUUUUCACACAGAUGUGGUUCAGCGCGUUGUUGUUUUAUCUGACUUGAUUUGGACUAAGUUGUUUUUGGCGAAGGGCUUUGAGUCAGAUGAUCAGGACCCAGACUCACAGGCUUGGGCCUGACAGCAUCCUGUGGUGUGCUGGCGCCAGCUCAUGCCAGCUCUCAAGCCAGCCCUGCCCAUCGUUUCAGUGAUGGUGCCCUGGCGACUUGAAAUCAGCAAGUGCUACAAACCAGGCAUUUUUCUUUUUCUUUUCAUGAGAGCCAAUUCUCCAGCAUGCGCUAGAUGUAGCUGAGAGAGAGGGAGUCCAAGGUAAAUGUCCUGGGUUCUGGCGCAGGAAUCGAACACCAGUCAUACAUCAUGGAAGGCAGCAUGGACUUGGCACUCAGAAGGAGCAGGGUUUGAAAAUGGCCGUUUUCCUGCGCUUUCUUGCAGAGUGAGGAGCUCCUCUGAGCCUCGACUUCCUCAUGGGAGAUGAUGCCACUGAUAAGAACUUACAGGAGGGGGACAGGCUAUUAUCAUGAAGGUGGAAGAGGGGGCGUUAAAUUGAUUGCUGGAAUACGUGAGUUUUGAGUCACUUUGGGGAGAUUUGGGUAGAGGAUUCUGUAACAACAACAACACUAGUUGUGUUAGCUGUGUGCUUCAGCAUGUAUCAUUGUUUUUAUUCCUUGAAAGAACUGUGGAGGUAGAAACUAGAGAUAUGGUUGCUCCUGUUCUAUAACCUAAGUUUAAGUUAUUUCCUCAUAACCAGACA